UAAGCUCUUCAGACUUGAAUCCUCGCUUCUCUAAGGACAGUUUCCAAAGAAGGUCGGUGUCAAAGCAAUGAAGAGCAGUAAGAAUUCAUCUGUUCUCGUUUUUGUAUUCUUUGUGGUCAUUAUGAUCUUCGUCAAAUUCUGCCUAAUCUCAGUCGAGGCAAGAAAGAAUCACAUUAGAAAGACCAAACCUCGUAAGGGUGGCAAUGGCGGCGACACUCGUGGCUCAAAUUUUACAGCUCCUUCACCAGCCCCUCUUCCUGACUAUGGUUCUUAUCCCACCUCGUCCACCAUUUUUGAUGUUCUGUCUUUUGGAGCUAAGGGUGACGGAGUCUCAGACGACUCUAAGGCACUGGCUGCAGCAUGGAAAGCUGCGUGCAAGUUCCCUGGGGCGACGGUAGAAAUCCCAUCAGAAUCGAAGUUCCUUAUCAAGCCCAUUACUCUUCAGGGCCCUUGUAUGCCUCACCUCGUACUUCAGAUCGACGGAACUAUCUUAGCUCCUACAAAAGUUGGUUUAUGGCCGAAAUCCGGUUUGUUUCAGUGGAUAAAUUUCAAAUGGGUCCAUAACUUUACCAUUCAAGGCACUGGUACUGUUGAUGGCCAAGGCUCCGACUGGUGGCGUAACUCUCAAAUCCAUUAUAUUCAGAAGAAAUCCAAGCACAUUCCAAAAACCAAACCAACUGCUUUGAGAUUCUAUUCCAGCUAUGAUGUCACUGUUCGCGACAUCAAAAUCAUAAACAGUCCACAGUGCCACUUAAAAUUUGACAGUUCUGGGAGUGUGAAAGUUAGCAAUAUUACGAUUUCUUCGCCGGAGGAUAGCCCGAACACAGACGGGAUUCACCUGCAAAACACCCAAGACGUAGAAAUUCAGCAUUCUAAUAUUGGUUGUGGGGAUGAUUGUGUAUCCAUACAAACUGGUUGCUCCAACGUCCAUGUUCAUCAUAUUAAUUGCGGCCCUGGACAUGGUAUAAGUUUAGGAGGAUUAGGGAAGCACGAAACUGUUGCUUGUGUCUCCGAUAUCGUUGUCGAGAAUAUCUCAGUUCAAAAUGCUCUAUCAGGCGUAAGGAUCAAGACAUGGCAGGGGGGCAUGGGAUCCGUCAAAAACGUAUCAUUCACAAACGUUCAAGUUUCCGACGUGAAGGUCCCGAUAAUGAUAGACCAAUUCUAUUGCGACGAGAGUCUCUGCCGGAACAAGACGAGAGCGGUGCAAAUAUCUGGUGUUAAAUAUAAUCAGAUAACCGGGACGUAUUCCGAGCGACCAAUUCAGCUGGCGUGUAGCAGUGACACUCCGUGCACCGACAUCGAUCUAAUUGAUAUUCAGUUGAAGCCAUCGCCGAGAUGUCAACGUUUUCAGAAGGGCUUGUGUUGGAACUCUUAUGGGAAAUCCAGAGCUCCCCUGGUUCCUUCAAGCAUAGACUAUUGCUUAAGAAGUACAACGGUCAAAAGAGUAGCAACAUCACAUCCCACCAAUGAUGUAUGUUUCUGAAAAUUGGUAAUUGUUUCUUUUUUUCUUUUCAAGUUUGCUUCCCUUCUUCUAUUUUUUUUUUUUUUAAUCUACGAGAA